GCUUAAAUUGCGCGGCUUGUAUGGCUUGUAGUUGGCUGCAAUCGCGCUCUCUCUCAGUUUUGUUUUUGUCGCUUAUUCAAAAUAUUGAUUCCUUUUUGUCACGCUGCAAGCAUAUGGGCGUGAACCCGACAAACGCAUAGAAAUACAACAACGAAGGCUGCGAAGUCUCUGUAACCGGAAUCAGCUUUUCCCCGUAGCCCUCAGUUACCUCUGACACUUAACAUGUCUGCGCCAACAAGGAAGUGCACCACAUCUGUUGGCAUCAAACGCAAGCUGAGUGGGAAGGCAGAACCUAGCGAGGAGCAGCUGAACGACAUGAAAGAAGCGUUCAGCCUUUUUGAUCCUGAAGGCACAGGUUCAAUGGAAGCGAAAGAUCUCAAGUUUGCCAUACGAGCCUUAGGAUUUGAACCGAAGAAGGAGGAGGUGAAGAAAAUAAUUGCUGAAAUCGACAAGCAGGAAACAGGGAAAGUUUCCUUUGAUGAUUUCAUGGCCAUCAUGUCAUCACGAAUGGCCGAGAAAGAUAUCAACGAAGAAAUCAUGAAGGCGUUCCAGCUCUUUGAUGAAGAUGGAACUGGGAAGAUAUCAUUCAAGAAUCUAAAAAACAUUGCCAAGCAACUUUCAGAGAACCUAACGGACGAAGAAUUGCAGGAAAUGAUCGACGAAGCAGACAGAGAUGGUGAUGGAGAAGUGAACCAGGAAGAAUUCUUACGAAUCAUGAAGAAGACGUGCCUGUACUAACUCUGGUGCACUCAGUGCCCUGUGAGAUUUCACUCAAUUGCUGGACCAUUCCAUUGGUAUUUGUGUGGGCUGGGACCAUGGGAUGGGCACGGCAGGGUUCCUCUUGCAUGCCAUACGCUGUGGGAGCCAUGUCCUCGUACGUGUCACCUCGCAAACUGCUUCCACUCAGUUGUUGUAUGAGUCUUCCGACUAACCUGCCACUGAGAUUAAUUCAUUUAAUUCAUCUUAAGCAAAGUCGAAGGUGCUGCAUAAUAGCUUUGAAACUAUGCUACUCAGGGUCAUGCGAGCAAAAACCUUGCUGGAACAAUUAAUCGCUUACUGCCUUGAAGUGCCACAUCUGAUGUGUACUUCUCUCAGCUUCAUUGGUUGUAAUUCAGUAUUUCAUGUGUAAUUGAUGUAAAUGAUUACUAAUUUUAUGUACCAUUGUCACUGGAGUUCUGUGUACCUAUAUUUUGCUUUGGUCUCUGUUUAGACAUUUGUCUUCCAGAUUUCAUACUUUUUGGAGCCCCCGGAGGUUAUCUGAUAUUUCUUGGGCUAAUAAUCUGCUUGUAGGAAGAAAUUCACAGUACAUUAUAUUCCAGAGUUGGCACAUAUUUAGGACAUUCUUUGCUAAAAGAGAUUGGAUAUUAAUAUAUUUUGGAAGCAAAUAAAAUAAAUGGAUAAUUGAAGCCAAAUUGGAGUCAAUUAGGACAGUACUUGUCAGGAUUUUUGUUAUAAAAAGAGUAUAAAUAUGCAAAAUUGUACAUAUGAGAGUUUGUAAAUGUAUAUACAAAACUUGUAUACAUUAACAUACUAUUCGGUGCAAUGCAUAUUUUGUUUGUUUUGGGGUUAGGACAGAAUGGGCACUUGCCAAAUACAGAUACUAGCAUUAUUCGUAAUUUGCUCACUACCUUUAAAUUUGCAUUUCAACAAUGCAGCUUUGACUUCUCAAAUCAAAUGCGUGACAAAUCUUACAUGAUGUUGCAUGUUGACAGCAUGGAUGGGUACGCUCUCGGUGUGACGCAGAGGAACUGAACGAGACCAUGCUUUUUUUUUUCCUCUCCAGUAAAACUUCCGAAUUUGUCGAGACUUAGGUGGAAGCUUCUAGCAUAUUUUUCCCUCCAUUUUCUUGUAGCUGUACUGCAUUUCUAGCUGGAAGAAAAAAAAUCUGCAUUGUGGGUUUCAUUUACAAUGAAAUUCCAUCAUUGUUUUUCUAGUACCUCACGGUGUUGCAUAAACGGUUGGUAGAGAAAGGACAGCAUCGAGCAGACGACGAUGGAGAAAGAUUUGCAAAAUAUCAUCUGUUGCUGACUGUCACGAUCUGUUUCAGGGCAUUUUUGUAAAUUGAGUUGUGCAGUGAUGAGGCAGUGUUUGAAGUUAUUUUUGUUUCUUGUAUCAGCAGCGAUAGAGAUAGAUAAUAUUUUUUACAGACUGGAAGCAGUGUCUAUGUACUCGUACAUAAAAUUUUGUGCCCUGUGCACCCGUCGAACAGCCUAGUCAUAAAGGUAUUAGUGUGAGUACGUUUUCUUUUACUGAUUACGCAUACUGGAACUACCGUCCUUUCGAACCCAGUGUCUCGUCCCAAAUAUGGAUGGCAGUCUCAUAUUACGGUACAUACCGGUUCCAUUUUUUGUCUGCAUGCUUCAGAGUACUCUAUGAAUGUAAGGCCACAAUAUUAUUUAUGUCAGGAUAUCGACCUUGUAGCGUGCAGAACAACCUUUUUCAUGUUCAUACUCAGCAACCACAUGCCGAAACAUGCUUAGGAAAUAAACAACAAUCUGAAUGCA